GACAGAGUUUCGCCAACUUUAACUCGGCGCUGCAACCUCAUUCAUACGUUAGGAUGGUUUGACGUUUUAUAAGACUAAAUAAAGGACAGAGACGUGAAGACGUGUGCGAGGAUUGGAGACAUUCAAAAUGAGUCUAUUCGAGGAGCAGCAGGAUGCCAGGAAUCCCAGAGAAGUAGAGGUUGAAGAACAGGGGGAUGAGGAGAGGGGAAUGGAGGGCCACCCUCCUGAUGUUGCAUCUCCAGAGGAGAAACCCUCUGCUAGUACAGAUGUUACCGCCACCCCUUCUUUCCAGUACAUAGAUGAGCUGUUGUCUUUAGGCAAAAUCAGCCCGACCAGAGCAGCCAAACUGAAGUCCAGCUGCCUGCUCCUUUGUGACACUCUGAAGAGCACCCAGGAUUCUGAGAUCCACCUUUGGGGAGAGGCAAAGAGGUGUCGUGCUGAGCUGGAAGGGCUGCGAGCUGAGGUGGUGAGAACGGAGGAGGAGGGCACCUCUGCGGAUCCUGAAAGCGAGGUCAAUGAACUGAGGCAACAACUCCUCCAGGCAUACAACCAACUGAAAGCUUCUGAGGACAGAGGGUACAAGACACGGCACCGAAUGAAAUGUCUCUGGUUAGAGAAGCAGUAUCUGGAGAAAGAGAAUGAGAUUCAGCUGAAACCUGCUGAGCUGGAGAGCAGAACAAAGACCCUGCAGGACACGUACGAGGAUCUGAAGCAAGAGGUUUACCAGAGGCGACUGGAAGUCAGAAGUCUGACAGAAGAUGUGGAAGCCCAUGAAACGCAGAUAUUGAAAGAACAGAAAGAGCUCACAGACAAGAUGGAGAUCAUAAAGCUCAAAGAGGCUGAGAAAGCCGGACUCAUCAGCAUCCAAGUUUUAAAGGAGAAGGAAAGGAGCCGCUCAGAGAAGCAAUCUGCAAUGAAGAAGAUGGAAGCCCUUGAUGUGGAGAGAUCGGAAACGGAGCAGCAAGUGAAGGAGGUGGACGAGCGAAACCGCUCUCUGAUGCUCAAGAAGGAGGCGCUGAGUGGGGAGCUGGACGUUCUCAGGGCCCGAGGAGAUGCCUGUCAGAGGGAGCGCAGGCAGCGGCUCAAAGAGCUGGAGCUCAGCAGGGAGGAAGAGGCUGAAUUCAUGGGGAGCAGGGGAAUACUGGAAAUGAAGUUGCAGAGCCUCGCGUACGACGGGAUCUACCUUCACCACAGCCAAUCGGUGCAGCUCAAGGAGAAGCAGAGGCAGUCGAAAGCGCUGACGAGGAUGGAGCACGCGUUGACCACGGCCUCUGAGCAGCUGGAGCAAACGCAGUCCAUCUACAUUGAGUUACAUGCAAAGUUAGAUGCUGUUCCCAAACAAGAGGCCAGUGUUCAGCAGAGGAUGGCGCUUCAGAAAGAGGUGGAUGCUCUCAAAGCCCGCUUUCGAAACGAGCUAUCUGUGGCUGAGGAGGAGAGCCAGAAGGUGCAGCAGUGUGGGAUGAUCCAGGGACUGCUCAGCGAGUCAAACCGCCUCCGAGAAGAACUCCAUAACCUCAGAUGUUUGACCCGGAUCAAAGUGGACGAGAGGGGCCAGAAGCACCGGGAAAUGCUUCGAGCUGAGCAGCUGAACCAGCGCAUCCAGCAGGAGCUGCGAGAGAGAGCCCGCAUCGUCACGGAUCACGACAAGCUGAACACCAUGCUGCAGCGCAGAGUUGUGCAGCGCCGCAAGCUGUGCGACAUGAUCGCGGCCGAGAAGAAGAAGUACGUCGGCCUGAAGCAGAGCGCCUCACAGACGACCACAGAGCUGACGGAGCAGAUCAAAGUGCUGGAAAAUGAGGCCGAGAUCCAACGUACCGUGGUCAUCAGCAAGGGCCGAUCCCUCACAAAGGUCCGCAUGAAGAUCUCUAACAGCUCCAAAAUAAGGGACAGACUGCACAAUGACAUCUCCAAGGUUGCCUGGAAGCAGAGGCAGGUCGCUCAGGAGUACGAAGACAACCAGCUGGAGCUGAUGAAACUCACGCAAACAACCAACCUCAAAGAGCAGGCACUUCUGGAAAUGAACAAGAACCAAGAAACGGCCAUACAGCGCCGCAACUUCCUUGGCCUCCAGCUCCUGGAGCACGACGACGUCUUAUUGAACUACUACGAGAAGGUGAACCUCCAGGAGGCCGCCGUCGCCGAGGGAAACGCGACCCUGGAGGGCCUGGAAAAGGAGAUGAGAGACCUGCGGUUGGAGAUCAACGAGGAGAAGAGACGGAUAGACCUGAAGAAGAAGGAGGUGCCCGUCGCGAACCAGUUGGCGGCCGAGAUCGCCGCGCUCCGCACCGAGUUGUCAGAAGCCAGGGACAGGACGCUUGCAGGUCUGAAUAAAACUGUUGACUACAAAGAACUGAAAGGCAAAGACCCGUCAACAGCAGAACUGGUCGAGAAGAUUGAGCAGCUGGAGGCGAAUCUAGCGGAGAGCGAGAGGCAGUCGCUGGAGAAAGAACUCCUCGUGGAGCAGGUGACCCGGCUCUCCAAGCCACUCAGCGAGCAGGCCGAGAGCUGCCACCAGGACCGACUCUGGCUGGCAAAGAAGUUAAACGAACUCCGAAGUCACAUAAUGGACAUCAACCAACGCACCAUGGCUGUCACCGCACAGCUUUCAGUGACUCAAGCUGUUGCUCUGUCUCUCCAACAAGAGAUCAAAGAGAAAGAGCUCCAGAUGGACAGGUGCCAGCGGCAGCUGGAGCAGGGCCGGCCACCGUGCCCCGAGUUAGAGGAGCAGUGGAGGAGGAUGCUCCGAGACAAGAAGAGGAGACAGAGGGACAAAGAGGAGAGGGAGAAGCUUGCUGAAGAAGAGAAGUGGAACCAGCUGCCUAAUGGAAGGUACACAACGGCUGAGGCCCGUCCGAACGCGUACAUCCCGCAGACGGACUCGCUGCCGCUGCCCAAACCCUACGGCGCGCAGGCCCCCUUCAGACCCUCCCCACCGGCAGCCUACAUGAGACACUUCCGCGACCCAACGCUCAAACCCUUGGACAUAUAGACAAGGAAUGCACACACGCUCAUGAAACUUUGGAUGUUGGACAUUUCUGACAAAUAUAUUUGGCUCUAGAUAUUUGGCUUUAGAUUUGGCUCAUUUGCGUCUCUCGUUUAUUGAUCCAUCUGCUCCUCUAGAGGCCGCUCCCUCUUCCUCUCUUUUUUCUUGUUUGCGUCCCCGGAAUCCAGCACACCACUGCUGUGGGGGCAUGUGAGAGCAUACUUGUGGACGGCAUCUGGUUGUGAUUUACGUCAUUUACUGGCAACAGCUUGUUUACACUCGUGCAUUGGAAAGUAACGAAUGUGUUAUUUCAUCAUGCCCUUCAAUAAGAGCGUAGGUAUUUACUUCUGUACUCGUCCUCUUUAUCUCGCUCUCUAUUAAAUAUUAUUUUUUACAGGUGGGCUGGGAUAUUUCUGCACAUUCUUCAGUCUUGGCACCGUUUCCUCCUGCGCACUUGUAAUCUUGCCGCUGAUGAAUGAAUUUGAACAGGUUUAAGCUUUUAAGCCCGGGGCCAAGAGUUGCUGCUCAAUGCCUGAAAUGAUAAAUGUAAAUACAGAGAGGUAGACCAGGCACCGAAAGAGCAUAGAGAAUUACAAACAGGGAGGAGAAUUUAAAUGAGGAGGAACGCGAGUCGGAGGGAAAAAAUCUGUAUAAAGUGGAGCUCUAAAUGGGGUGGGGAGUUCAGAGAAUGUUACUGGGGAACAAAAACAAAGUCAUUUGCCUUUUAAAACAUUUACUGAUUUACUGGAAGUUGUUGUAUGUGCAGAUUUGGGCUCGAGGGGAAAGUAGGCCACCGCUGUUUGCACCACCAAUCACAACCUCUGUUCUUCUGUUAAAGAGAAGCUCAGGGAAAUUACAAAUUUGUGUGAAUGACCUUGAAUUGAUUGUCACGAUGAUCUGUAA